GGCUCACGCACGAUGGUGCUUGGAACGAGCAUACGUAUGCCGGUCAAAAGCAAGAGGGGAUGCGAUGAACAUGAGGCAAUUAGAGAUGCUAUAAAAAGGCACAUGGAAGGGUCAUCUACACAGCCUACACUGCUUCCGCAUCCAUACACAACACAACACACGCGCGCGUGCACAGACCCACAAUUUGUCCCAGCAAUGGAGAUGGAGGCGGCUCCGGUGAGCGCGGUGACGGGGGCCCUCAAGUCCGUCCUAGGGAAGCUGGCCACGCUAAUGGGCGACGAGCACAAGCGCCUCGGGAUGGCGCGUGGUGAGGAGAUCAAAUCCCUCGCCGACGAGCUCUGCGCGAUGGACGCGGCUCUGCUGGACAUGUCGGGGAAGGAGGACCCUGCCGCGCAGGACAAGGCGUGGAUGAACGAGGCGCGGGAGCUCUCCUACGACAUGGAAGACUCCAUCGAUGACUUCAUGCAGACCAUCCGCGACGAGGGUGUUGAGCCAGAUCAUGGCUUCUUCAUGGAGAAGAUGAAGGACUCGCUGGAGAAGAUGAAGGCUAGUCGUCCGACCGGCGAUGAUUUGAAGGAACAGAUCAACAGGGUGGGCAAAGGAACUGGAAGGUAUGAGACCCGCGGGACCUUCUCCAACACCGUGCACGCGACUGUUGACCCUGCGGCUAUUGCCAUGUUUGAGCUCUUGACGAAGCAAGAUGGGCCCAAAGCUGAGCUGAUCAAGUUGCUCACUGAAGAUGAGGCUGACUGCAGUGAGCCACUGCUGGCUGAAGUGGAUGGUGGACAUGAGUCAUUGCUGGCUGAAGAGGAGGGCGGAUGUGAGUCCCCGCUGGCUGAGGCCGAGGACGGAUCCGAGUUGCCAUUGGUUCAAGAGGAGGAUGGAUGUGAGUCGCCAAAGGCGGAAGAGGAAGAAGAAGAAUGUGAGUCAUCGGAGGUGGAAGAGGAGGGUGUAUGUGAGCCAGCGCCUGCUGAAGAAGAAGAAUGUGAGUUGCCGGAGGUGGAAGAGGAGGGUGCAUGUGAGCCAGCGCCUGCUGAAGAAGAAGAGUAUGAGUCGCCGGAGAUGGAAGAGGAGGAUGUAUGUGAGCCAGCGGCUGCUGAAGAAGAAGAGUGUGAGUCGCCGGAGGCAAAAGAUGAGGAUGUAUGUGAGCCAGCGCCUGCUGAAGAAGACGAGUGUGAGUCGCCACAGGCAGAAGAAGAGGGCCCAUGUGAGUUGAGACCACGGAAACAACCCAAGCUGGUUGCCAUUGUUGGAGCUGGAGGAACAGCUCUUGCGAACAAGGUGUAUGAAGAGCUCAGAGUAAAAGAUUUUGACUACUGGCCUUUUAUAUCAAUGUCAGCAAAUCCAGACAUGACAAGCACCCUGACAGCACUUCUCCUUGAACUUACCGGUGAAUUUAAGAAAACAGCGAGCGUGGAACAACUGAUUAUCGACAUCAAUGAAUCGCUACUAGACAAAAGAUACUUGAUUGUCAUUGACGGUAUAUGCCAGAAAGAAACAUGGGAAGUCAUUAAGCAUGCAUUCCCCAUGACAAGCUGUGGCAUAAUAAUCACCACUAGCCCGUGUGAAGAUAUAGCCGAAUUAUGCCGGUCAUCAUUCAAUGGGCAUAUUUACCAUAUAAGACCUCUUGGUAUGGUACAUUCCAGACCGCUAUUGCACCAACGAUUAUUCAACUCUGAUGACGACUGCCGUCCACACAUCGAAGAAGUUUCUGAUCAAAUAUUGGAAAAAUGUGAUGACUUACCUUUGGCAAUCUUACUUACAUCUGGUUUGUUGGCUAACACAGAAAGAACAGAGCAUCUAUGGAAUCACAUGGCAGAUUCAAUUGGGUGUGCACUUGAAACAAGUGAUAUUGCUGAAAGGAUGAUGAAGAUUUUGUCACUUUGUUAUUUUGAUCUUCAUCCUCGUCUAAAAACUUGUCUCUUAUACCUCAGUAUGUUCCCAAAAGGAUCAACCAUUAAGAUGAAGGACCUGAUAUGGAGAUGGACUGCUGAAGGAUUCUUUCAUGGAGAACAAAGAAAUGCAGCACAUGAGUUAGGAGAAAUGUGUUUUAAUGAGCUCCUGAAUAGGAGUUUGAUCCAGCCUGUGAAGAUAGACCAGUAUGGCAAGGUCAAAAGCUGUCAAGUUCAUGACACAGUUAUGGACUACAUCAUAUCCAAGUCUGUCGAAGAUAACUUUGUUACUUUCGUUGGUGCUCCAUGUCCAACUAUUGAUCAGACACAAAUGAAAGUCCGUCGAUUCUCCCUCCAAGCUACAGAAGGAGGCUAUUCAUUUCCAGGGACUGACUUGGUAUUGUCUCAUGCCCGAUCACUUAAAGCAUUUGGAUUACUGUGGGAAAUCCCUUCUCUAGAUAAGUUCAAGCAUUUGCGUGUUGUGGACUUUGGAGGUUUCAGUCUUUUGGGAGACGAUGAUCUUGCAUAUAUUGGGAGGUUAUUCCAGCUGAGGUACCUGAACCUCUCUUGGACAAGAGUAUGUGAGCUCCCAGAAGAAAUAGGAAACCUAUGUUGCUUAGAGAUGUUGGACCUAACAGCCACAGGGGUAUCCAAGUUACCAUCAUCCAUAGUUAAUCUAGAAAAAUUGGCGCAUCUAUUAAUCGGCGAGUUUGUUAAAUUUCCGGAAGGAGGAAUUGAGAAGAUGCAAGCACUGGAGACAUUGAAACAAGUCAGAGCCUUUAAGCAGCCACUUCAAUUUCUUCAAGAUUUUGGCAAGCUACAGAAUCUGUGGAAGCUGAAUAUCGAUCUUACCAAUAAUCAAGAGGACAGUGAAGAAACAAAGGAGUGCAUGAAAGCUAUUGCAUCUUCUCUCUAUGAACUAGGCACACACAAUCUUCGUUCUUUAACUAUCUGGAACUGUGAUUACAGCUUAUUGUUGGAAGAAUGGUGCCCCACUCCGGUUGGCCUCCAAAAACUUAUUACCUGGAGCUCAACCUUUCCACGGGUUCCGGAUUGGAUGGGUUCCCUCGUCAACCUUCAGCAAUUACGGCUUGACCUGGAGAGAGUCAGGUAUGAAGAUCUCUGCAUCCUCGGAGGCUUACCUGCUCUGCUCACUCUGCAAAUAGUAGGAAAAGAAAUGUCUGAAGGAAAGCUCACUGUUAAUGGUGACAUGGGAUUCCCAAUGUUGAGGGAUUUCACUUACAGUAAGUACCCUGGAUUAGGGAUAGAGAUCAUGUUUGAAGCAGGAUCCAUGCCCAAGCUAGAAAAGCUCAACAUUGAUUUCACCCCAGCAACGAAUGAAUAUCUCUUCAGUACCGGUGGUCUAACUGGUAGUGGUCCUUUUGAUUUCGGAAUCGAGAACCUUCCUAUCAGUCUCACGACUGUCGUAUGUGACUGUAAGUCAUUUGAUGGAGAUUGCACUCUUGAAGCCACAAGGGCGGCCCUGGAGAGAGCAGUCAGCACACAUCCCAGUUGCCCUGCUCUGGACUUCGUCAUCUACUAGCUAAGCUAGGCCUCUUCAUUCAGUGCCACUCUCCAGAUUCAUCACUAUCAGUAGAAUGAACGAUCCAAGAAUCGGGAUUCAGGAACAUCACCUACAAGAGGCUGUAGCUCAAACAAUGUAUAGUUUCUUUCUCACUGGACAGCUAGUAGUUCAUAUGUCACUCAGGAUGCCACAAUUAUUCAGUGAAAUGAUAUAAAUUCCUAUUUCUGGAUCA